AUGGAUGUGACGGUUAAGAUAUUUAAUUCAAAAAAUUGGCCACAACUUAAGCAAACACUGAUUGAGCAGGCACUGGCGGGAAAGCCAGAUGCCCUCAUCACUUUGGGAAAGUUGUUGGCCUUAUUGCAAUUGGCUCGGCAAGAUCGGGAGGCAUGGGGGGCGGCGCAGUUAUACUUACGGGGAGCCGCGCUUGAAACUGCGCCUCACACUACGACAGCGGCAGUGCAGACUGGCGAGCCUGGUGAUGGUGGGGAGGACGAGGUGGAGGACAAGUCUAUGGAGGAGCAGCCUGAGACGCAGGCAUUUCUUGUUACUGAGCCUGAAGAGGAGCCCCCUGCGACCGGUGCGCAGGGAGGGGCCGCACGGACGGAGCCCCCCGCGCCACCAGCAUAUCCGUGGGGGGAGUUAGAGGAUGUUGUGGCCCAUCUUAACGAGGAAUGUCUUAAAGGGAACGCUACAGUCAGGGGCGGCAAGUCUGUAGCCCGUCUUAACAAGGAAUGUCUUAAAGGGGACGCUGCAAUCAGGGGCGGCGAGUCUAGGCCGAAUGAACCAAAGAAUCAGACUCUGGACCCCCUAGAUGCGCUCCCAGGCAUGGUACUGAGGCAUCUAGACGACAAGGAAUUGUUAGACCUGGGAUUGAAACGUGUGGGUGGCGGUGACGUAGGGCCCUUUGGGGCGCGGAAGAAGGAACGCAGUACCCCAAAGGAACAAACGGCAUGGCGGGAAUGGCGGGGAGGUGGGCGUGAAAUGCAUUCUGACUCUGAGUCAGAAAAUGAGGAGGCUACGGCGAGUGGCGCUGGACCUCCUCAGGGCUCGAGUGUCGAGGAAAAGAAGCAUGAAACACCGGAGGACCUUAUGGGGGAACUUGCCAAAACGAUGAAUAUGCUGAAGGCACAGACAAAGAGACAGAGACGCGCCUUGGAGCGGCUGGGCGGAACCCCGCCCCCUGUGGCGCAGCCAAAUUGGAACUUGAUUGCGAAAGACUGUGUGCUAAGUGGCGUAACCCUAGAAGCUGUACCUGCGGCCGCGCCUCUACAGGCGUUCCCUGUUCAGGUUGGGCCACAAGGAGGAGCUAUGUGGACGCCCCUAGACGCUAAGUUGGUUCAGGCCCUUCACAAGGCAAUAAAAGAGGAAGGUUUGUCGAGCGAAACCACACCUAUGCUGCUCGACUCCGCCUAUGUCCAGCCACUAGCCCCUGCCGACGCUAGGCAGCUGAUAAACUAUGUGUCUCUGAAGAGAGACUGGAUAUGGAACCAAAUGCAUAUCAAAGAAGAUAUUGAUACACCAUUACCACACCAUGUUGGCAAGAUCACAUCAAGUGUAAGGAACAACAAUGCUAAGUAUAUUAUUGAAGGUGAAUAUGCCAACACCAUUUUUAAAGUGGAAGAAACCAGUGGUGAUGUAUAUGCAUUUGAGAGGCUAGACAGAGAAAAGCAAGCAGAGUAUGAGCUGACAGCACUCAUUAUUGAUAGAAGAAACAACCAGUUGCUGGAACCCCCAUCCAAAUUCAUUAUCAAGGUUUGUGAUAUUAAUGACAAUGUCCCCAUGUUUGCACAAAAAGUAUUCAAUGGAUCUGUCCCAGAAAUGUCACCAGUAGGAACCUCAAUCACCAAAGUGACAGCUGUAGAUGCUGAUGACCCAACAGUUGCAGGUCAUGCCACAGUUACCUACCAAGUCAUUAAAGGAGACGAAUACUUCACAGUCAAUGACUCUGGUGUGAUUUCUACAACAAGGGCUGAUUUAGACAGAGAGAAUCAAUCAACAAAUGAAAUUAUCAUUAAAGCAAAAGAUGCUCCAGGGUCUUCUGGGGAUUCAAGUACAGCCACAGUCAUUAUCACUUUAACCGACAUCAAUGACAACUUCCCCAUAUCCAAACACCCAUCAUUUCACUUUAAAGUUCCUGAGAACAUUUCAGCAGGAGGAGAAGUUGGCAGAGUCAAAGUAGAAGAUAUUGACGAACCACAACACAGAAAUAUGAGAUACGGUUUUGUCAGAGGAGACUACAGGGACACCUUUGAAAUUGUAGCAAAUCCAUUUACAAAUGAAGGAAUCAUUAGGCCAAAGAAGGCCCUGGACUUCGAAAAAGUAGCAGAAUACAGGUUCGACAUUGAAAUAACUGAUCCCACAGUUGAUCUUCACUAUUUUAAAUCCAGUGGCUCUAGGAGCAUUUCAACAGUCACCAUUGAAGUCGCUGAUAUUGGUGAGCCUCCUGUCUUCACUAAACUACCAUAUGAAUUUAAAGUAAGGGAAAAUGAUCCAGAAAUAAGAACAUUUGGUUCAGUUUGGGCACACAACCCUGACGCAGCUAAACAGAAAAUCAGGUAUUUACACAAAAAAACAGAUUUGUCUAGUCCUAAUGGAGACUAUAUCAGGGUAUCUGAUAAUGGAAUUAUUCAACUUCCCAAGCCCUUGGACAGAGAAUUCAGUUCCUCAUACAACAUCACUGUAGCAGCUCAAGAAAUCUUUGAAGAUGGUAAGUGCUAUCCACUUCCCUAUUGGAAAGGAAUCAGUAUAAUCAUCAGGAUUUCAGCUACUGACAAUGAUGAAAUAUCACCUAGAGGGUUCUUCAAAUACUCCCUGGCCACAGAAGAUAGCAACUUCUCCUUGGAUGAGAACUACGAUAACACAUCUAAUAUCACUGUCAAAUAUGGACAGUUUAAUCGUGAGCUUGCCAAAAUCCACUACCUGCCUUUCAUCAUCUCAGGCAAUGGUGAUCCUGAGCUGAGCAGCACAAAUACACUUGUCAUCAGUGUCUCCAAAUGUAAUGAAAAAGGCAACUUCACUUUUUGUGAGGAAAGAGCUAAACAAGUUGGAGUUGGUAUACAAGCACUGGUGGCAAUUUUUAUCUGUAUCUUCACAAUCAUUGUAAUCACACUGCUAAUUCCUAAGAGACACAAGAAGGAUUUGAGCGGUCUUGGGAGGAAUGCAGCAGAGAUUCACGAGCAGCUCGUCACUUAUGACGAAGAAGGUGGGGGUGAAAUGGAUACCACCAGCUAUGAUGUAUCUGUACUCAACUCUGUCUGCAAGAAUGGUAUAAAGCCGGAAGCAGUUCCCUCUCCAUAUGCACAAGUCCAAAAGCCUCCUGGAAAUGUAACUUCUGGUGCUGGAGAAAUGGAAAUUAUGACCAAGGUUAAGAAGGAUGAAGCGGACAAUGACAGGGAUUUGCUGCCAUAUGACACACUUCACAUUUAUGGCUAUGAAGGUGCUGAGUCCAUUGCAGAAUCUCUCGGUUCUUUGGAACCCAGCUCCUCAGACUCAGAUAUUGAUUAUGACUUUCUAAAUGACUGGGGACCCAGGUUUAAAAUGUUAUCUGAGCUCUAUGGAUCAGAACCAAAUGAAGAUUUUGUGUAUUAAGUUCAAAUUAGUCAUGAAUUUUCUCCCUCUCACUACAGAUAGACAUCAGGAGACUGCCAAUGGCCAAAGAAGAACUCACAGCUGUUCAUCCAAGC